AUGGCCCUUCCGUGCCCAGCACACUCCUCUUGGUCAAGUCAUAGCCAUGCCUUCCGCGGGCCUUCCAAGGAGCUUCUUACUGCCGGUCUCUGCGUUCUCCGGCCGCCAAAGUAUCUGCCGGCACCUCAGACUGGGAUGCAAUGGGAAGGCACAGACUGGUCGUUACCGCCCUGCCCUUAUUCCCAGCUCCCCCCGUCGCUUCUGGAGCCCACUAGGAACUCGAUGGCAGAAUCCGUCUCCUCGAGGCAGCCCAGCGACAUGACCUGGGACGUCAAUAAGCAAGUCGUUGUGUACGACUUCCGUGCACUCGGUGGGCCUGUCUAUGCCGACAUCACACACGAGAACCUAUCACACUUUGAGUGCCUGCGAGAAGCCUCUCACCAUGGCUUCCUUGAGUGUAGCAUUUAUGCACAGGGAGGCUCCCGAGCACUAGAACCAGGAGAUACGAUCCUUGCUACUCUCGGCUGUGUGAUACAGUUUCAACCGAUUGGCACGGCGGCCCAGUGGUGCUCCACGUUGAAUGCCCGCUUUGAUAGACCACAAUGGUGGCUCGCGCACCCUUCUUUGCCUGAGGACAUCACUGACAGACCUGUCCUGACUCUGUAUCAUGACCGCUGCCUGACCUACAGCGCUCGGCGGUUUUCCAACGUCCAAGUGCUCCCUUUUCUAGCAGACCUGGUUGAUCGGACUCCUGACAGAGUCUUGUUCGUUGCACCAGCUGGUGACGAGCUUACCGAUGUCGUUUAUCGAGGCACCCCGUGUAGGGACGCCCUGGCGGUGUACCCGUUAACACCUUCUACCGACAGGCAGGGCAUUCUAAUCUUCCUUGAUGCAAGGCAGGCUGGCCUUGAUGUGACCCACACCUACCUACAGUCAGCGAAUGCAGACCCUCAUGUGCUGGUCCGAUAUCUCCACCUCCGCCCGCUGAAUCCGUUGAGGAAUCAGACUGCGCUUCCGACUCUGAGCAACCAGCUGUUGUGCCUGAUCCCUCUCUACCACCUGCUGGCGAACCUGCCUGCCACAGCAGAGCCGAACGAAGGGCAUCCGGGGUUUGAUCCGACGAUGCUUGAUGACUGGAUCACUUCAGACUCUGAGGAGGUAAUCGAGGCCAUCCAGGCUGUACGCCGGAGUCGCGGUUUUCGCAGCACUGCCACCGUGGUCCAGUGGAGUGCUGGUCUCCUCCCCGGUCUCGACUAUGAAGUCCUGUUCGGUGUCGAUCAGAUCCCUGUUGGGGAGGACCUAGUCCAUCUGUUCCCUGGAGCACUUGUUGUCAUUGUGACUGCAGCCAUCAGUGACAACAGCGCACAUCAGGGUACUAACCCUGUUGAGCCCAGCUCCACACCCGACGGCAGCCCCGACGGGACUUCCGCUGCAACAGGAAGCUCGUCCCAGCAUCGACAUGCAGACACCGGUUCCACACCAUCCGGACCAGACACCCAGGGCUACCACGGCCGACAAGAGCCCAUUCCUGGACAGGAAGCUGGCAGUGACGAGACCCUAGGACACCACCAGACAGCUGACACCUCUGAUGCUGUCACGGUCCUUGCGACCUUCUUUAUCUGUGUACCGGAUUUUGCUCCUGAGAUUCUCACUGUGCGUAUUCCGAUUCCCUGCACUCCGCAGCAGGCCCUCCAGCUUGUUACCUGUGCCAGAAACGAGACGCGUCGGCAAUGGUUCCCGCGUCUUCUUCCUGCCAGUCAGCAGCCGUACCCUGACAAGGCUAUCUUGAUUGCAAUGCCCCCCUGGGCGACCGCCUAUGGAUCCUUACAGAUGACCACCCCAGACAUUUCACCUUUGAUCGCCGCCGGCGUGCGCUUCUCCGACGGGACCUUGCGGGGUGUUUGGGUCAGCACUGCAAUCAUCGCUACCUCCAGCGACAUCCGGCUUGAAGCUACCGGCAAUGGAGAGGUUUUCACUGUUUCCUUUGAGCCUGCUCCUUCACGCCUCUGGGAUGAUACCGGGCCGAUCACCGGGGCAGUUCGGACACAACUGCCGCAACAGGGACAGCCUUCCGACCAGAUGCUGAUCUGUCCCGCGGGAGACAAGCAACCACUGGCCAGCACUGUGGCCACCAUGCUCGACGGGCCCCCACAAGUGGCCGAUGCACUGGGCCUGUUCACCGGAGGAGCAUCCUUUGCCUCAUUGCUGGCCUCCUCUGUCGACCGAAUGCUGCCAUGCCAAGCUUUGCACAUCCAGGUGUAUCACAGACACCUCAUACGAACAACCAUCGGACCGAUGGAGAUAACAUGUGGAUCGCCGGUAGUUUGCCUGAUGCCCAUCCUAGUGGGCCCCUGCGUGACACCUCUGCAUUCUCGACCCGAUGGGAUGAUGCAUGUGAUACCCAUGGUACUGCCCCCCCUGCUCCGCCUUUUGGCAGACCCGUUGCCACUCCAUGUAGAGGCACCACCGCUAGAGUCCGACUGCCUUACAUUACUGAUGACGGAGAACCUGCUCGCGUUGAUACCUCGUUUGACACUCAGCCCCUGUCUCCCACCCAGCUCUGCUCCGCAACUGCUCCUGCACACUGGUUGGGGCCCACGCUGCUGGAACAAUCUCUACAGCAGACUAGGUACCAUGCCUUUUACCUUGCCAGCACACUUCUUGCCACUUUAUUUGAACAUUCAUCUGAAGGUGCUACUGUCGUGUCGUCUAUUGGCACUGCCGGAGUCCCACUCCAGCCACUUGGUUCGCCCACACUGCCACAUGCAGGUGUUUUGCGGAUUGCUGAACAUGUCCCCUCACAUCGAGUCUUCGAUCUCACUGCGAUCAGCAUGCCCAUUGCAUGUCUAUACAGAUGGCUCCUUCGAUGGAGAGCAUGCCGCCUGGGCUUUCCAUGUUUGUGCCCACACCGAUUCUGGAAGCUUCCACCUCGGAUGGCAGGGAGCCCGCCUCACACAGGAUCCUGACGGUACAGAUUAUCUCGGCCAGUACGAAGCUGGAGCUUUCCCGGCCGAGGUCGCUGCACUCUUUUGGACUGCUUGUUGGUGCCUCCAGCUGCCCCAAUAUGCCUGCAUAGACAUAUUUUCCGACUGUACGUCAGCCAUUGCCGUUUUCGACGGUACUGGCGGGGACUAUCCACAGGAUACCCUUUCUGGCAAGUGCAGAGCUGCAUCGCAGCUCCUUUCUACAGUAACCGGACAGUCCUUAGUUGCCUCUUGUGCGCAAAACGCCGACCACAUCAGUGUUGCAGCUCUUCAGGAGACACGCACCGUCAAUAGUGCCACCUAUGUCUCGGCUAGCCACAUCAGGUUCACCAGCGCGAAGGAGACUGAUGGCACUUGUGGUGUUGAGCUUUGGUUUGACCGGCAACAUGCUCUCUUCUCUGACCAUGAGGGCCGGCCUAUCCACUUCCAGCCUGGACGGGAUGUUUGGUGGGACGCACUUUUCCAACUUCUCCGGCGCAUCGCACAAGAUGCCCAUCUAGUUCUAUUAGGGGGCUACAACUUGCACAUGCACCACAGCCACUCGGCUGCCAUUGGGGAUCUAGUUUGGGGCACGCCUAACCCGGAUCCGCCUGCCGCCUUCUACCGACUACUUGACCACUUUGCAUUGUGGAUCCCCAGUACGUUUGACGCCUGUCACACUGGGGAUACUGCCACCUGGCAUUCACCAGCAGGCGCUGGAUCUGCCCGCCUUGACUAUAUUGCUGUUCCCGUCUCAUGGAAGACACCUCGCGGCGGCAGCGCUACUAAUCCGCGCCUAGACUGGGGACAGAGCCGGGCCGACCAUGUUGCCGUCCAGUUGUGGGUUAGGGGGACUGUCACCAUUGGUAAGGCCGCAGGUCGCAAGCACAGCCGACUCAACACAGCUGCUAUGCGUACGCCGGAGGGCCGACUCACCCUCGAGCACAUAUGUCGGAACGUCCCCUUGCAGCCCUGGGAUCUUGACGUGCACCGCCACGCCCAAGCACUAGAUACCUAUUUCCGGGACCACCUUGCCAGGGCUUUUCCAGUAGGCAAAUCUUCCUGCCGACAUGAAUACUUUCAGGCAUCUACCUGGCAGCUCCGCAGUAAGCGGGAGUGGCUGCGCAAACGCGUCAAGGGAGCCUCCCGCACCAUCAAUGGAUGGCAUCUACAGGCUGCUUUCCACUCGUGGCACUGUCGGCGCCGGCUUGCCGAUACCCUACUCGCCUGCUGGGCCCCUGUUCUUUGGUCACUACGCGACUUGCCGGUCUACUUAGAGGACCUGCGGUCCUCCAGUAAGGCCCUUCGCAGUGCGAUACGCCAGGAUCACCUUGAGCACAUUCGCAAUGCAGCUGCUGCGUCAGAAUCCUCCUCGACCCAAGCCAUUGUCCAGCGGCUUAGAACGUUAACAGGGGGCCCCAAACGCAAGCAGCGCGAUCGGUCCCCACUGCCGGCCGUCGAAAGGGCUGAUGGGACGUUAGCAGCCACCCAUGAGGAAGCCAAGCAAUGUUGGCUAGAACAUUUCUCUUCAAUCGAGGCUGGCUCCCUUUCCUCCCCCACCGAGCUUGUGCGUGCCUGCAUUUCCCGACAGCAGGCAAAGGAUAUUGAAGACUACCAUGUCUCACACGGCGACGCCCCAACCCUCGGCCAUCUCGAAUGGGCCUUGAGGGAUACUUCCACAGACCGUGCAUAUGGGCUCGACGGCCUACCAGGAGAGCUUUUGCAUUUUUGCGCCCCGCUUCUAGCGAAGCCCAUUUACCAACUCCAGCUUAAGUCCCUCCUCACGCUCGCCGAGCCUGUGCAACACAAGGGCGGUAUUUUACACUGUGUUUACAAACACAAGGGCUCGAGACAACUCUGCUCUUCCUACCGGGGGAUACUCGUGUCUUCUGUCGUGAGCAAGUCCUUGCACAAACUGCUUCGCAAAAAGUGCGUCCCAGCACUUCACAAUGUGGCAUCGCCUCUCCAAGUAGGAGGCUUGCCGGGCUACCCGGUCACCGUCCCAGCCCAUGUCACGCGAAUGUACCAAUCCGCCUGCCUACAAAAGGGCUCCUGUCAUGGAGUCCUUUUCUUGGACCUACAGGAAGCGUUCUAUCGAAUAGUCAGACCUUUGGUGACGGGAGGCCCCCUCACCGAGGAGGCUAUUGCUGCCGCAUGCCGAGCAGUGCAUAUGCCCAGCGGCGUGUACCACGACAUACAGCGACGUUUGCAACAGUUGCCACUGUCGUCUGCCGCCGGGGCUAGUCCUUGGGUCACUCGAGCCUUAGAGGAGACGCUUCAGAAUACGUGGUUUUGCUUCGCCGGGGAGGAUGAACUAGUCACCACAGCGAUUGGAUCCCGACCGGGGGAUUCCCUCUCCGACCUAGUUUUCAGUCUGUUGUUCGCGCGGGUUCUGAAGCAGGUCCGUACCGCCCUCUCGGAGGCAGGACAUGUGCCAAGCAUCCCAUGGCAUGCAGACAUGAUCGGUCGCCUGACACCGCUUGACCCGCCUCCCACUCAAACCAUCAGCCUGCUCGAUGCCACAUGGAUGGACGACCUGUCCAUGCUCUUGCAGGCGACGAAUUCCAGCGAACUUGUGGAGCGGCUAACGGCUGGAGCGUCCACACUCCUUGAUACGUGCCUUGAGCACGCUCUCCUCCCGAAUCUCAAGAGAGGCAAGACUGAAGCACUCGUUCACCUUCGAGCUCGCCAUGCCAGGCAGAUGCGACAACAGCUUUUUGUUGAGCAGGAAGGCACCGUGCCUCUACGCUGCCGACUAUGGACUGAUGCCAAACUCCGCUUGACUGCGACCUACAAGCACCUCGGAGGUGUGCUUCACCACCGUGGUUGCCUCCUGAGGGAGGUCAAAGCCAGAGCUGCACAAGCAUGGGUCGCUUUCAACUCCCGAAAGCAGAAGAUCUUCUCUUCGCCGAAGGUCAGCUCGAAGGACAAGGCCCUCUUGUUCGAUAGCUUAGUUGCUUCGACACUCUUUUAUGGGUCUGGUACCUGGCCGGAUCCGUCGCCCGAAUGCAUACGCAAACUUACAGGAACACUGCGAGGGAUGGCCAGCCAAAUGCUUCGACCUGCCUAUGACUGUGCACAGGCGUGGAAGCUCGGCACCGCGCGUACCCUUGCUCUAGCCAGGAUCCCGACAGCCGUGACGUAUUUACACGUCCACCGUCUCCGUUACAUGCUAUCUUGCAUCGUGCUGUCAGUCCCGGAGCUGUGGGCCCUUGCCCACUGGGAACAAACCUGGAUGCGUGGCGCCGCAGAGUCUGUCCGGUGGCUUUGGGAAAGGGCGGAUCCCGAUCGACAGUACCCGGACUGGACCGCUGCAUGGGCGGCCUGGAGAGAUGAGGCUCAACAACAUCCGGGCCGGUGGAAGGCACGCAUACGCAAGGCACAGCGCUGUGCCUUAGCACAGGAGUACUGGCAGGCCGAGCUCCAGCGGCAUCAGGGUCUGCUGCUACGCCAACUCCAACAGGUUGGAGCCAGCGUCUCGGCACAAUCCGACUAUGAGGAGGAGUCCAAGGAAUGUUGUGCUGUAUGCCGCAAGCGCUUCCGGGACUACCGAGCGUGGUCCGUUCACGCUUUCUCGACCCAUGCGCGCACGGAUGAAAUGAGGCGCCUGGCACCCGGCACACAGUGCCCUGUGUGCCUGAAGCAUUUCACCUCCGCGACCAAACUCAGUCGUCAUUUAGGGUACAGCCGUCUGUGUCGUGGUCGGCUGCUCUCCACCAACGACCGCCAUACCCCUGAGCCUGGAGUUGGGAGCCGGAAGGCUCCUGAUGAUGGGGUUGCCUUGAUGCCCGUGCUACAAGCCUCCGGGCCCCAUCAGGAGCCCUUGCAGUUCUUUGUCGAGGAGGAGUCAGCUAGGCCUUGUGCGGAAGUCUUGGAUUGUCUUCUGCACAUCGACCAUGAUGGGACCAUCGCCACCGCCGGCGAGACCGAAUUAUGGGAUCGCUUACGCAUAGCCUUCUCGUGUGUGUGCCUGCAGGCCACAAGAUUAAGUGUCACAGCCCAGUGUUGGCAGCGUCUCCUCUCGGAUCCGCACCACUCGGUCUCCGAAUGCACUUUGGGCAUUUUACGGGGGGCUGCUCACUGGCUUUGCAGCAAUAAUCUUGUUUCGUGGCUUGUGCCAGAGGUCGAUGACGGCUUCCCUGCUACCGAUACCUUUCGGCUCAGCGGACUUUACCUUGCCUCCCUCACUUUCACCGGUGUCGUGUGGCCAGCACCCUCUGCUACUUCCCCUGAGACGAUUUGGGUUCAGGUCGGGCCUGUCCCUUCAGAAUUCCUUCCUCCCGUACCAGAGGAUCGAUGGCUCCGCUACCAACAUCGGGAGGCACUUGCCGACAGGGCUGCCGAUACCGCUGUCGACUACCUUGACAACACCGACACCAUGUCCUGUGUGACAAUGCUGCCCAGUGCAGUCUUGUCCUGGGACAUCGUCCGAGCCCUGCAGCUGGCGUCCCAGCUCCUGGCGCCCGAGCUCGGGAGCGAAGCGUUCGAACUUCGAGCCGAGGCAGUGGCGCAGUGCCCCUGGGAUUUGAGUGCCUGGGCAGCCUGGCUCAAGACGCGGCCGUUCCCCCUGGCAGCGCUGCAGAAGCGCACGGAGGCUGCCGAAGCAGCUGCGGCUUGGCCAGGUGGAGUGCGAAACUUGUCCCGUUCCCGACCUGUCCGGGCAAGCGUGGACGAAGACCGUGCGCACUUCGUGGUCGAUGGAACCGACUCGGAGUGGUUUCCAGCCGACGCUGCAGAGCCUCAGUGGUUGGAAAUUGAUCUGGAACAGGCCAGCGUGGUUCACGAGGUUCGGGUGAAGUGGUGGGGAGACUAUGGCUCCCGGAACAGCUUGCGCAUCCUGUCCUUGCUUCAAGACGAGGGCCUCGAGGGCACAGAUGAUGCAGGUGUUCUUGUGGAGCGAGGGCGCAGACAGCACAAAGCCGACUUCAACGGCUGGACAGAGCUGCCUGGUUGGGAAGAUCCCACCAGAAUCUUGCGUUUCGAGGUGGGCAACCCCUGCCCUGACUGCUUUGGACUGAAGAAAAGCUACGGUAUACGAAGAAUUGAGAUCAUGGGCUGUCGGAUGGCGGAAGGCAGCCCAAGCCUGGAAGCUCUUCUCCUCCGGUUGGCGGAAGCGUCCUUCCCAGAGUUGGAGGAGUUGCCCCACCAGCAAGCACUCCGCCUGGUGCAGAGGAUGAUCAAAUCCAGUGGUCUGUGA